CUUAUUGCUAAGCUUUCCUCAUCAUUUGUAAAGCUAAUUAUUACCACUGUAACGCUACAUCAUGCAUCAAAUGAAAUAGGAAGUCGAUUGAAAUUAGAAUUUUAAUUCUUUUGUGACUAGGAAAUAAAACACCUGAAACUAAACUGUAUCAUCAUCAUACCGACGUGUUUUCGGAGAUUGAAGCAAUUAUUAGUAGCUCAGAUACGUAUCAGUAAAUUGGUGCUCGAACUAGACAAUAUGAUUCGCAGCCAUUUUAAUGAUCAAAUGAGUUAAACCAAAUUUUGUUUAAGGUUCAUGGCUAUGGUCAAAUUUAAAUUUAACGAUGCGACGCUUGACUCACAUUAUAUAAAAGAAGAUUAAUCUGGGUCCACGUACUCAGUCAUAGGAAAUAUUUCGCCCAAAAAUUACGUUGCGAUACUUUGUAAAGCCAUUGAAAAGUAUCAUCAACAAUCUCCAGUAUGAAGAUUUUUGUAUUUUUGCUGGCUUCGUUGUCGUUGACGUUUGUGAAUACUGCUCCCGUACCGUCACCAGAAGCUAACCCUGAACCAUGUCUGGAAAUAAUUUUUGGCAUUCUGCAGCUUUUUUUAACUACACCUCGUCCCAGACGUAGAGAAUUUACUACACCAGAUGAUGUUGAGCCAGAACCCGAUCCGGAUCCGGAACCAACAACCGAACCAUCAAGCACGGACAGUCAACCGACUGAAGGCAAUUCUUCGGGUGAAUCGGCAGAAGGACCUUCCGUAGACGGCGGUGGUACCACCGAAGGUAAUCCGGAUGAUAUUCCGAAUGAGGUAAUACCAAGAAAUGCGGAUACAUUGAAAAGACUGAGGAAACCAAAAAAGAAACAAAAUGACUGGUGGUUUGGUGGAAUCAAAUGGUAGUGUGACAAACUUGAUACUUCCUCCUUGAAUCGCUUUAAUGUUUUGUGUAGGUUUUAUGAGCUCAAUAAAGGAAUAAAUUCAUUUGAUGGUCUUCAUUGUAUACUA